UAAAUUGUGUAAGUCCAAAGAGUAACCAUGGGAAUGGGCUCCAAAGUCGAGCUCGAGGAGUACAAAAGGGGACUGAUAACUCCCUUUCCAACGGACCAUUAUUCCCAGGAGAAGCAAACAAGUAAGGUCAUCUGUGCAGAUCUUCAAGCCACACUUCAUCACUAUCUUGUUCAUCAUCUCACAAGAAAUCACUCUCUCUCCCUCCAUAAGUACAUCAUGGUUUCCAUCAAGAGCCUCCUCAUCGCCACCCUCGUCUCGAGCAUCGUUGCAACACCAAUCGAAAGCUUCGAUCCACCAGAGAAUGAUCUCGAGUUCGUCAACAAAGUACCCGUCAUUGAAUCCAGAGGUAAUGGUGGCGGGUCCGGCGCCAGCGGCGCCGCAAGUUGCGACUACAACACGAAGCAGAGGCUUGAUUCGGAGAUUCAGAACAGAUACCAACUCAAGAGUCGCCUCGACGACGAGAUCCAGAGACGUCAGGGAAUUAAACAGCAGCUUGACAAUCAGAUAAACCAGAGACAAGGGCAGCUUGGGCACUGUUGAUUUACACCGGCUAAGGCGUGAAAAUGGACGUGGGGGUUAGGAGAUAUCCACAAUUCACCUUCCUUUUGGCGAAUUAUGAUUUGGGGCACGUGAAUUGGAGAAUGAAUCUACUACUGGGGCCGUACAGCAGACAUCAAAGGGCAAAAGAUGCUGUGGAGUACCAGAAAAAAUAUACGAAGAC